GAUGAGGUGCUGCUGAUCCAGGAGGCCAAGAGGGAGUGCCGGGGGUCAUGGUACCUGCCGGCAGGGCGAAUGGAGCCCGGGGAGACCAUCUUGGAGGCGCUGCAGCGGGAGGUGGAGGAGGAGGCUGGGCUGCGCUGCGAGCCCCUGACGCUGCUGUCCCUGGAGGAGCGGGGCCCCUCCUGGGUCCGCUUUGCAUUCCUCGCUCGCCCCACAGGUGGAAUUCUUAAGACUUCCAAGGAGGCGGAUGCUGAGUCCCUGCAGGCUGCCUGGUACCCUCGGACCUCCCUGCCUGCUCCGUUGCGGGCCCACGACAUCCUCCACCUGGUGGAGCUAGCCGCCCAGUACCGCCAGCAUGCCAGGCACCCGUGUGUCCUGCCGCAGGAGCUCCCCUGCAGUCUGGUCUGCCAGCGGCUCGUGGCCACCUUCACCAGCGUGCAGUCGGUGUGGGUGCUGGUGGGCGCAGUGGGACUGCCUCACUUGCCUGUCACCGCCUGUGGCUUCAGCCCCAUGGAGCAGAGGGGCGGCAUGAAGGUGGCUGUCCUGAGGCUACUGCAGGAGUGUUUGGCCCUGCACCAUUUGGCGGUGGAGACUGAGGGCUUACUUGGACUGCAGCACCUGGGCAGAGACCGCGCAGAUGGCAUCUGCCUGAACGUGCUGGUGACGGUGGCUUUCCGGGACGCAGGUGUCCACAGUGAGCCCCCGAAGAUUCGGGGCGAGAACUUCUAUUGGUGGAAGGUGGUAGAGGAAGACCUCCAACGCCAGCUCCUGCAGAGGCUCCAGGAGUCCUCUGUCGUCCCCGUGAACAGAUAGGAAGGGCCAGUUGUGGCUGCAGCCGCACCGUGCUCCCUCCACCCAGAGGCGGGGGCGGCAGUUGGGGAGCAGCACGGUCCUCCUGGCUCUCGCUCUUGGUAGCGCAGGCCUGCCCGUUGUACCAAGAAGGGCAGCGCCCUUCACCAAGCCAGGGGUCUGGAGCGUGCAGCCGCGACCACCCUGAGGCACACCAGUGCGUCCCCACGGGGGUGUGGGAGCUGUCUGAGCCCCAGAUGACUUCUGUGCACCAUUCUCAGUGCCCACCUUGGCACAGGCUACACCCUGACCCCCCCCCAGGCACACCUAGAACAUGUCGCGGACCCAAGGAAGGUCCUGCGGGAGGGGCCCUUGCUGAGUAAAUGGCUGUUGCUCACCUUGCCUUUCCUGCCUGUGUCUCUGCUGGGAGGAAUUGAGGGGCUGCUCCCCUCUGCCCAGAUCCUGGCCUUCCCCAGGGCUCGCUGUGGCCAGGGGUGUGGGGGACCUCCCUAACUAAGACAGUGCCACAUGCUCCCAGCAUGAGCAUUGGGGGCUCCGGAGAUACUGCCUCCCCCCCAGUCUCCUUCUGCUCACAUGUGCAGCUCUGAGCCCACCUUGCCUGCCGUUUUAUGCCUGCAGCCCAGCUUUUUCUUCUCUUCCCCUCAGCCCAGCUGACUCGGGAGGAGGUGGCUUUUAAAAUUUCUUGUUUUUCUUUGCUCAUGAUAGAGCUGUGUGCAUGCGUGAG